AUGAUGCAAAAGUAUGGCACCGAAGAAAAUAAAAGACCAGAAAAACUAGAUGUUGAUAAUAUCACUAAUAAAUUAAUAGGAGAUUUUGGAAGAUGGCAACUACGCAUAAGCAUACUAAUGUCUUUACUAAAAUUAUCUUUAGCUUGGUAUCAGUUAAACAUAAUAUUUAUGGCUCCACCGCAAGAAUUUUGGUGUGCCAAGCCCGAGUCAUUUGCAAAAUACACUGAUGAGAUGUGGCGAAAAAUUUGUGUACCGCAUGUCGUGGAAUAUCCAUGUUUGAUAUUUGAUCCUGAUAUUCUCGCCUUAGCUCCUAAAAUGGACAGAACGCUAAUACCACUUGUAUUGUGUCGAAAAUUUGUCUACGAUGAAUCGUUAUUUACACGGACUAUUACAUCGGAUUGGAAUUUAGUUUGCGAAAGACGUUGGUAUAUAUAUUUGACCCAAUGUGUAAUGAAUUUCGGAAUAGUUGCCGGGGGUAUAAUAUUUGGAGUAGCAGCAGAUAAAUAUGGUCGCAAGAAGCCUUUAAUGAUAACAAUAUUAAUUCAAACAUCAGCAAGUUAUUUUGCAUGUGUUGUACCCUGGUUUUGGUUAUUCCUUGUGAAUUGGUUCAUUUUGGCUUUAGGAUGUGGUGGUAUUUCGAUUAUAUCUUUUGUUUUGUGUAUAGAGAUAGUUGGCGGAAAGUGGCGUACAAUUAUCCCAGUAUUGUAUCAACUGCCAUUUGGAUUGGGUAACGCUGUAUUGGCGUUCUUAGCAUAUUGGCUUAGAGACUGGAGACAAUUAGAAUUCGCUCUGGCCACCAUAUCCUCAGUAUACCUAAUGUAUUGGUUUUGGAUACCGGAAUCACCUAGAUGGUUGUUAGUCACUGGAAAAAUUGAAAAGGCAAAGGAAAUAUUGGAAGAAGCUGCGAAAGAAAACAAUAUGAAUGUUGAUGUGCAUGGCGCCUUAUCUUUAUUGAUUAGAAAGGAAGAAAGCAAGAAAAGUCUAGGGUUUAUGUCAUUGCUAAGGUCCCGCAGUAUGAGGCGUAAGACUUUAUUACUGUCUGUUGACUGGUUCCUUACGGGUCUAUCAUUUUUUACGUUUUCGCAAUAUCUGGGUUUUAUUAGCGGGAACAUUUUUUUAACAGUUGCGAUGAGUGGGAUCAUUUCAAUUCCUGGAGGAGUUAUUUGCUUAUUUAUAAUAUCAAAAGCAGGAAGAAAAAGGACAUUGGGAGUGUUUCAGUUAAUAACGACAAGUUGCUUUAUAGCAAUUUUUUUAAUACCAAAAGACGGAAGGAUAAACGAAUGGAGUAGAUUAAUUUUCGCUGGAACAGGAUUUGCAGCGAUGGCAGGUUCGGUAUCAGCAUUAUAUCUCUUCUCUGGUGAAUUAUUUCCUACAGUGGGACGUAACGUAGGCAUUAGCGGAGUGACAAUGUUUGCUCGUGUUGCAUCUAUGGUAGCCCCCGCUGUUGUUAGUAUGGAUUAUAAGAUGCCAGGUCUGACUAUACUGCUACUCAUUGUUACAUCAUUUAUACAAGUGCUAAUCUUACUACCACUCCCAGAAACAAAAGGACAUCCCCUGCCUGAUACUUUAGAAGAAGCCGAAAUAUUUACUUAA